GGGUUUCUCUAGAAAAAGCGACAGAGUGUUGCAGUAUGCUAAUAAUAUCUCGCCAACCAAAAUAGCCAGAAAAUACUCUUCCUAGGGCGUGUGUCGACAGGAGAAAAUUUUCGGCGUAUAGUGUUCUGUUCCGGGAAACCAUGGACUCCCAACCAAGAGAUGUCAAAAUUCUGGAAACAGUCGAAGACAUUCAAGAAAGAAGAGAACAAGUUUUGGGAAGAUACGUUGAGUUCAAAUCUGAAGCAAGAAUUAAAAGAGAGAGACUUGAAGAUUCACGCCGUUUCCAGUACUUCAAACGUGAUGCUGAUGAACUCGAGUCUUGGAUAAAUGAAAAACUUCAAGCAGCCUCAGAUGAAAGCUACAAAGACCCAACAAAUCUUCAGGCUAAGAUACAAAAGCAUCAAGCAUUUGAAGCAGAAGUUUCAGCACAUAGCAAUGCCAUUGUUGUCCUUGAUAAUACUGGAACAGACAUGAUUAAUAAAAAUCACUUUGCGUCAGAUAUAAUAAAGCUACGUUUGGAAGAAUUGCAUCGACUCUGGGAACUUCUCUUGUCUCGCCUUGCUGAUAAAGGCAUUAAGCUCCAGCAAGCUUUGAAGCUUGUUCAGUUUCUUCGACAGUGUGAGGAAGUUAUGUUUUGGAUUAACGAUAAAGAAACUUUUGUCACAACAGAAGAAUUUGGACAAGAUUUAGAGCAUGUGGAAGUCUUACAAAGAAAAUUUGACGAGUUUCAGAAGGACAUGGCCAAUGAAGAAUUUAGAGUAACAGAGGUUAAUGAACUUGGAAACAAACUAAUUAAUGAGGGACAUCCAGAAGUGGAAGGUAUUCAAAAGAAAAAAGAGGAACUGAAUGAAGCAUGGGAGAGACUGAAAGCCUUGACUUUAUUGAGACAAGAAAAACUAUUUGGUGCUCAUGAAAUUCAACGUUUUAAUAGAGAUGCUGAUGAAACAAUUGCGUGGAUAUCUGAGAAAGAUCUUGUUCUUUCUUCUGAUGAUUAUGGCAAGGAUCUUGUUAGUGUUCAGGCUCUCCAGAGAAAACAUGAAGGAAUGGAAAGAGACUUAGCUGCUUUAGAAGACAAGGUUCUAACAUUAGGACAAGAAGCUGAUAGAUUGUGUAACAGUCACAAGGACCAUGCUGAUGAGAUUCAGUCCAAACAUGCUGAAAUUGUUUCAAACUGGGAGGAGCUUAAAACCAAGGCUCAAGAACGUCGUAGAUGUUUAGACGAGUCCUAUAAUCUGCAUUACUUCUUAGCUGACUUCAGGGACUUGAUUUCAUGGAUCAAUGACAUGAAGUCAAUAAUAUCUGCAGAUGAACUGGCUAAAGACGUGGCAGGAGCAGAGGCUCUGUUGGAACGUCAUCAAGAACACAAGGGUGAAAUUGAUGCCCGUGAAGACAGUUUUCAUGCCACAGCUGAGGCGGGACAGAGACUGUUAAAUGAAAACCACUCGGCCUCAGAAGAAGUGAAAGAAAAGCUUGUAACCUUAGCCAAUGAGAAGCAGCUCCUUCUUUCUUUGUGGGAAGAACGUCGAAUAUUGUAUGAACAGUGUAUGGAUCUCCAACUGUUUUAUCGUGAUACUGAACAGGCUGAUACUUGGAUGGCCAAACAAAAUGCAUUUUUAGAAAAUGAAGAUUUGGGUGAUUCCUUAGAUUCUGUAGAAGCACUGAUUAAGAAACAUGAAGAUUUCGAGAAAUCACUAGCAGCUCAGGAAGAGAAGAUCAAAGCUCUCGAUGAAUUUGCUACUAAGUUAAUAGAAGGGCAACAUUAUGCUGCUGAUGAUGUAGCUCAAAGAAGAGCAGCUUUGCUUGAAGGUCGGCAAGCACUCCAGGAUAAGUGGCAUUAUCGACGUACGAUGUUAGAAGAUUCUUACCGUCUCCAACAGUUUGAACGAGAUUGUGAUGAAACAAAAGGAUGGAUCAGUGAGAAACUGAAAACAGCAAUGGAUGACAGCUAUUUGGAUCCAGUGAAUCUGAAUGGAAAACUCCAAAAACAUCAGAAUUUUGAACAGGAACUAAAUGCAAACAGAAGCAGGAUUGAUGAAAUUACAAGUACGGCUCAGGAACUGGUUGACAGUGGUCAUUAUGCAUCCACGAGAAUUGAUGAAAGAAUGGGUGAGAUUGUGGACUUGUGGGAGUCAUUAACCGAAGCGACUUCCAGUAAAGGAACAAAACUGAAGGAAGCUUCAGCUGAACAACACUUCAAUCGUGGAGUUGAAGACAUAGAGAUCUGGUUGUCUGAGAUUGAAGGACAACUUCUGUCAGAAGAUAAUGGCAAAGAUCUCACUAGCGUGCAGAACCUUCUGAAGAAGCAUGCUCUGCUGGAAGCUGAUGUUAGUUCUCACCAAGAUCGCAUUGAUGGGAUUGUAAUCCAGGCUAACCAGUUUGUUGAACGAGGCCAUUUCCAUGCAGACUCAAUAAAAUCGAAACAAGUUGCCAUAGUAGAGCGUUACAAUGGCCUACAACAGCCAAUGUCUGCAAGACGCCAACGUUUAAAUGAUUCUCUCUGGGUACAGCAACUGUUCCGUGACAUUGAAGAUGAAGAAGCUUGGAUUCGAGAGAAAGAACCAAUUGCAGCUUCUACAAAUAGGGGGCGAGACCUGAUUGGUGUACAAAACCUAAUCAAAAAGCAUCAGGCAGUGCUAGCUGAAAUCAACAAUCAUGAACACAGAAUUCGAGCUGUAUGCCAAGUUGGUGAAGAAAUGAUAAAAGAAGGUCAUUUUGCUACUGAUGAAAUUCACAAAAAGUUGGAUCAGCUGAAUGAAAAAUGGCAACAGCUGAAGGACAAGGCACGGCAACGAAAGGAAGACCUGGAUGACUCCCUCCAAGCCCAUCAGUACUUCGCUGAUGCUAACGAAGCUGAAUCAUGGAUGAAAGAGAAAGAACCCAUUGCAGGAAAUCAAGACUUUGGAAAGGAUGAGGACUCUGCUGAGGCACUCCUGAAGAAACAAGAAGCACUUAUGGCAGAUCUGGAAGCUUUCGGGAACACAAUAUCGGGCUUGAGGGAUCAAGCACAGUCGUGUCGUCAACAAGAAACUCCUGUGGUAGAUCAAGCUGGUAAGGAGUUUGUGAUGGCAUUAUACGACUAUAUAGAGAAAAGCCCAAGGGAGGUUUCAAUGAAGAAAGGAGAUGUGCUGACGCUCUUGAAUAGUAACAAUAAGGACUGGUGGAAGGUUGAAGUUAAUGACCGGCAAGGAUUUGUGCCGGCUGCUUAUGUGAAAAAAAUUGAAGCCGGUCUCUCUGAAAGUCAACAAAAUCUCGCUGAUACCAACAGUAUUUCUACAAGACAAACUCAAAUUGAAACUCAAUAUGAAAACUUGCUAUCUCUGGGUAGAGAACGCUGUAGAAAACUCGAGGAAACUUGCAAAGCCUACCAGUUGGUUCGAGAAGCUGCUGAGCUAGCUCAAUGGAUCAAAGACAAGGAACAAGUUGCUAAAGUUCAAGAGGUUGGAGAAGACUUAGAACAAGUAGAGGUGCUUCAAAAGAAAUUUGAUGAUUUCCAAUACGAUCUUAAGGCUAACGAAGUACGAUUGGCUGAGAUGAAUGAAAUUGCCACCCAGUUGAUGAACCUUGGACAGACAGAGGCAGCUUUGAAGAUUCAGACACAACUUGAUGACUUAAAUCACAAAUGGCAAGAUCUUCAACAAGUUACCUCUGAGAGGGCAACUCAGCUUGGAACAGCUCAUGAAGUCCAGAGAUUUCAUCGUGAUGUCGAUGAAACAAAAGACUGGAUACAAGAAAAAGAUGAAGCCUUGGAAACUGAAGAAUAUGGACAAGACCUGCAGAAUGUUCAGACUUUGCAACGAAAGCACGAAGGCUUAGAAAGGGACUUAGCUGCUUUGGGAGACAGGAUCAAACAGCUCGAUGAAACUGCCAGUAGAUUGAUGCAGACACAUCCUGACUCAGCUGAAACCAUCUAUGAAAAGCAAAAAGAGAUCAAUGAAGAAUGGACACAGUUGACUGCCAAGGCGAACGCUCGUAAAGAAAAGUUACUGGAUUCUUAUGACUUGCAGCGUUUCUCAUCUGACUUCAGAGACCUGAUGUCAUGGAUUAAUAAUAUGAAAAGUGUGAUAUCUUCUGAUGAGUUGGCUAAUGAUGUUACCGGAGCUGAGGCUUUGUUAGAGCGACAUCAGAACUACCGUGCUGAGAUUGAUGUUUUCUAUGGCAUACCUCAGGAACACCGAACUGAAAUUGAUGCUCGGGCUGGGACUUUCCAAGCCUUUGAACGAUUUGGACAGCAGUUAUUGCAAAGUGGCCAUUAUGCUAGCGUGGAAGUUCAGGAAAAGUUGGAAAAAAUGAAUGAAGCACGUAAAGAACUUGAGAAUGCGUGGAUUGCUAGACGUAUGAAGUUAGAUCAGUGCCUGGAACUCCAGCUGUUCUAUAGAGACUGUGAACAGGCUGAGAGCUGGAUGGGCAACCGUGAAGCCUUCCUCGGCUCUGACGACAUGGGAGGAGACAAUGUAGAAACCUUAAUCAAGAGACAUGAAGAUUUUGACAAAGCUAUCAAUGUGCAGGAGGAGAAAAUAAGAACUUUGGCACACAUGGCUGACCAAUUGACUUCUGGUGACCAUUACGAUUCAGAUGCCAUCAAAGAAAAGAAGGAACAGGUGCUUGAUAG